UGAGCAGCUACUGCGCCGCACGACUCCGUCAAGUUGCCUUCCGCAGUUCAUAUUUGGCUGGCGACCCUGCUUCGGCUGAUUGCUUGUCUCUCCACCGCCUGAAUUAGUGCUCGAAACCGAUAACGAUGUCUGCCGCCGAAUACCACAAGGGUAACCAGAACUACGCUCCGCCCCCGGGGCCUCCUCCGAACCAGCAGUCCGAUCGCGGGUUCAGCAACUACCCCCAGCAGCCUCAGCCCGCGUACAACAACUACCCGCAGCAGGGAGGAUACUACCCGCAGCAGGGCUACCCGCAGCAGGGAUAUCCGCAGCAGGGAUAUCCGCAGCAGGGCUACCCACAACAGGGCUAUCCGCAGCAGCAGGCCCCGACGACGGUGUACGUGCAGCAGCAGCGACCGCAGAAUAACAACGACGACUGCAUGAUGGGAUGCUGCGCUGCUCUGUGCGCGUGCUGCGCUUUGGAGGCUUUGUGCUGAGCGAUGAUUUGCGUCGAAGUUAGUGGUGGUUGUGUUUGGUAAUUUGCAAGUGAUGUUGUUUUAGUUAUGUUUAAUGGUCGGACAUGUGUAAUUUUAGAAGAGGGUUGGUGAUUCUAGAUAGUAUAUUAUAAUGCAGCG